AAAGUGAAAAGAAAACUGAAACCGAGGAGCAAGUGUGCGGGGCAGGGACGCGCGUGCCUCCCACAGGGUCCCUCGCACCGAGAUAGCAAGUGGACGUCAAGGCGAGGCAGGAGGGGCCGUGUGGCUUUGGUCCUGGAAUGAGAGAGGAGAGCCCUGGGCCUGGGUGUGUCUGGCUCAGAAGCUGUUUCCGAUUUUCUCAGCAUUCUUCUUUCUUCCUGAGCCCUGCCCUUCCUCAGAUGGGGAAUGCAGCCUCACCUGCCAUUGCCCUUUGCCUGCUACCAUGGUGAGCACGAUCAACAAAGCCCAAGCAACUCAGCGGGGAUGCCAAUCACAGGGAGGCAAGUCCAGCUCCCUACAGAGCCAGGCCACCCCCAUCCCGGCCUUCAGGGCUUGGAGUGGAAGGCGGAAGUGCAUGCGUUUCUUAGACGGCCUUUUCUGUUGUGUGCUUGUGCACCCGCCCAAGGAGCUCACGGGGCACAGGAGGGCUGGGCUUGGCAGAAGCCCCACUUCCUCCUGGCCCGUGGGUGCUUCUGUGAGAGAUGGGGACAAGGGCUCUUGAUCAGCAACCAGUGGUGACCCGUGGGCCCUAGACCACUCACAGGACAGGGAGGCCCACUCUUCUCCCUGCUGCUAGCUUCCAGGAGGAUGAGAGAGCUGGAGACUCACAGCACACUCAGGAGGAUGGCUGCCUUUUACCAGUGCAUCAGGCCUGACCCCAGCGAGCUCAACAUGAUUUCCACAAGGGUGAUGGACAUUAAGCUUCGGGAGACUGCAGAAGGCCUUGGGGAGGACAGCACAGGAAAGAAAAAAUCUAAAUUCAAAACUUUUAAGAAGUUUUUUGGGAAGAAGAAGAGAAAAGAAUCGCCGUCGUCCACAGAAAGUAGCACCUGGAAACAGAGUCAGACGAGGAAUGAGGUCAUUGCCAUCGAGUCUGGGCCAGUGGGCUACGACUCCGAGGAUGAGCUGGAGGAGUCGAGGGGCACGCUGGGCAGCCGGGCCCUUUCUCACGACAGUAUUUUCAUUCCUGAGUCCGGACAGGACCCUACUCGGCCUGUGCGGGUGUUUUCCCAAGAAAAUGUGUGUGAUCGGAUUAAAGCACUGCAGUUAAAAAUACAGUGUAAUGUGAAAAUGGGGCCACCACCUCCUCCAGGGGGGCUUCCUGCCAAGCGCGGAGAGGAUGCUGGCAUGAGCUCUGAGGAUGAUGGGCUGCCCAGGAGCCCCCCAGAGAUGUCCCUGCUGCACGACGUGGGUCCCGGCACCACCAUAAAGGUCUCUGUCGUGUCUCCAGACCACGUAAGCGACAGCACUGUCUCUGCCCGGACCUCAGACAGCAGCCUGGCACCAGUGGCCGACUUCAGUUACCCUCCAGAAUCCUCCUCCUGCUUGGACAACUCUGCAGCUAAGCACAAGCUCCAGGUCAAGCCCCGCAACCAGCGGUCGAGUAAGAUGAGGCGGCUUUCAUCGCGCGCUCAGUCUGAAUCCCUGAGCGACCUGACGUGCACCCCAGAGGAGGAGGAAAACGAGGAGAAGCCACUGCUGGAAGUCAGCCCAGAAGAGAGCCCCAGCUCUGGGCAGCAGGACGUGGCGCCAGACAGAGGCCCUGAGCCUGGGCCACCGGCACCCUUGCCGCCACUCGGAGGAGUCCGUGCCAGACGCGCCCGCCUGCAGCACUGCUCGGCGCUCAGGGCCAGCUUGGAGGAGGAGGGCGCCCCCGGGGACGACCCCUCAGGCCGCCCGGCCACCCCGGAGCUCGCCGAGCCGGAGUCGGCCCCCAUCCUCCGCGUGGAGCCCCCGUCCCCGCCGGAGGGGCCCCCGCAUCCCGGUCCCGACGGCGGAAAGCAGGAGGGGGAGGCGCCCCCUUCAGGCCCGUGUGCCCCGGCCGCGGACACGGCGGAGGAGGUGGUCUGUGCUCCCGAAGACGUCGCGAGCCCGCUUCCCACCGCCCUCCCUGAGGGGGACACGACGCCCCCCGAGACUGACCCCACCGCCACCUCGGAGGCGUCCUCUGCUCCCGACGGGCCAGACCGCAGUGUCCCGAAGGAAGCGGAGCCGACGCCGCCCGUGCUCCCGGACGAGGAGAAGGGGCCCCCAGGGCCGGCGCCCGAGCCCGAGAGAGGAGCAGAGACCGAGCCCGAGAGAGGAGCAGAGACCGAGCCCGAGAGAGGAGCGGGGACCGAACCCGAGAGAGGGGCGGAGACCAAGCCCGAGAGGGGAGCGGAGACCGAGCCCGAGAGAGGAGCGGGGACUGAACCCGAGAGAGGAGCAGAGACCGAGCCCGAGAGAGGAGCGGGGACUGAACCCGAGAGAGGAGCAGAGACCGAGCCCGAGAGAGGAGCGGGGACCGAACCCGAGAGAGGGGCAGAGACCGAGCCCGAGAGAGGGACCGAGCCCUCCGCGGCGCCCGCCCCGAGCCCGCCGGCGCCCAAGAGCUGCCUGAAGCACCGGCCCGCGGCCGCCAGCGAGGGCCCCGCCGCGUCCCCGACGCUUGCAGCCGCGGAGUCUCCCCCGGGGGAGCACGGCCCCGGUUCCCCCGACGCAGAGGCCGCCGCCCCGGAGCGCCCCAAGGCCGAGCGGGCCGAGGCGCCACCGGCAGGCGCCGAAAAGGCGGCUCCAGAGCGGAAGGCGGAGAGGGGCGGCGCCGAGCUGCGAGGCGCGAAGAAGUUCUCGGUGUCCUCGUGCCGAGCGCGGCCUCGCCCGGGCGCCUCCCGCCCGCUGGAACGCGCCAGCUGCCGCCUUCCCCUCGCGAGGAGCAGCCCGGCCUGGAGGAGCGAGGCGGCCCUUGACGACCUCCAGGGUCUCCCCGAGCCCCAGCACGCGAAACCCGGCCCUCGGAAGCCGGCGGAGUGCGGCCCUCAGGACUCGGGGGACAGGGCGGCCAGUCCGGCCGGGCCGCGCAGGAGCCCCCAGGAGGCGGCCGCCACGCCCGGCACGAGAGAGCCCUGCCCAGCCGCCCAGGAGCCGGCCCCGAGUGAGGACAGAAACCCCUUCCCCGUCAAGCUCCGGUCCACCUCCGUCUCGCUCAAAUACAGGGAUGGCGCCUCCCAGGAGACGAAGGGUGUGAAGAGGUACAGUGCGGAAGUCCGGUUAGAAAGGUCGCUGACCGUGCUCCCGAAGGAGGAGAAGUGUCCCCUCGGGACGGCCCCCGCCCUUCGAGGCGCCAGGGCCCCCAGCGACCAAGGAAAGGGGAAGGCCCGGCCCCCCGAGCCGCUCAGCUCCAAGCCGCCCCUGCCCCGGAAGCCGCUUCUGCAGAGCUUCACGCUGCCGCACCAGGCCGCGCCCCCCGACACCGGCCCGGGAGAACGCGACCCCAGGAAGGAGCCCAGGACGGCGGAGAAAAGGUCGCUGCGCAGGGGAGCUGAAAAGAAUCUGCCGCCUGCAGCAACAGGGCCUGGAGCUGAUGGGCAGCCUGUGCCACCCUGGAUCACCGUCACUAGGCAGAAGCGGCGAGGGACCUUGGACCAGCCACCCAACCAGGAAGACAAACCUGGGACACGGACCCUGAAGUCUGAACCAGGAAAGCAAGCCAAGGAGCCUGUGAAGCAAGCUGACUUUGUCCGCAGCAAGUCUUUCCUGAUAACCCCUGUGAAGCCCGCUGUGGACCGGAAGCAGGGGGCAAAGCUCAACCUCAAGGAGGGGCUGCAAAGAGGAAUCUCUUUGUCCCAUCAGAACUUGGCAGCUCAGUCUGCAGUGAUGAUGGAGAAGGAAUUGCAUCAGCUGAAGAGAGCCAGUUAUGCCAGUACAGAUCAGCCAUCCUGGAUGGAACUUGCCAGAAAGAAAUCUCAAGCCUGGAGUGACAUGCCCCAGAUUAUAAAAUAGGUGGGCAGUGUGCUGAUAAAGCAUGUCCACUACCCUGACAAGCCACUUAGUUAAAAAACUGCCAGUAUAUUGUGGCAAACAGACCGUGAAACUUAAAGAUUGAUUUUAUCAUCAAUUUAUGACGAACUUGGGGAAGAGGAAGGAACCAGGCAAAACAAAGAGGAUCAACACACAGCCAUACUCCUGGGCCAGAGGGCCCAGAAACAAGAACAACACUGAAAGAUCCAGGAACCAGUUCCUGUGCCCAAAGGUACGCGUGUGUCUUUUAGAAUUCCCUUGAUGAAGAAGCCUCAGACAAGAAAGAAAACAGAAAUGAAGUUGGACGCGUAAGUAGGACACCCAGCAAAGGCCAGAAGAGAAGCCCUUCUAGGCGAAGGGACAUCUGUGCUUCCAGCUGAGAUCAGCCCAUGUCUCUGGUCGCUGUCUUGCCUGUGGAUCCUGUCUUCUCUCAUGUUUACUACGAGGCAUGACAUUCAUGGCAAAACAGAGAUGCCGUUUCCAAGAGCAGCUAUAAAACAAUCUGUUUUCCUAAAGGCAGCCACUCUGAGAAGGAGAUGAAGGAACAUGGCAGGGUUCAUCAAUUCAUAGACUGUUUCCCAAAAUAAUUUUUAAACUUUUCCACUAGGCAUCUGUGUCUUUAACCACUGCACAAUGCAUUGCCUGUUUAAUAAAAGGUUUCAAACAUG